AUGCGCGAAGCGCUGGAACUCAAUACCGAGCAGAUGCGUUUGCUCGAUAAAACCUAUAAAGGUUUCACCCGCAACGGGGCAAAUUUGAGUGAGGAAGAAAAGAAAACCCUGCGCAAUAUUGAUGAAGAACUGGGAAAAAGCAGCCUCCAGUUUGGUGAAAAUGUUUUGGCUGAAACCAACGCUUAUCAACUUAUCCUGUCGGAGGAUGAGGUAGAAGGGCUGCCCGAAAGUGCCCGCGAAAGCGCAGCAGAAGAGGCCGAAGCGGCCGGGGAGAAAGGCAAGUAUUUGGUCUCCUUGCAAAUGCCCAGCUAUUUGCCGUUUAUGACCUACGCCAAAAAUCGCGCAUUGCGUGAAAAGCUAUUUCGCGCCUACGGCAGCAAGGCCUUUAAGAGUGAAACCCACGAUAACCGGGAGGUGAUAAAGCGCAUCGUGGAACUCCGCCAAAAGCGGGCCGAGCUCUUGGGGUUUAAAAGUCAUGCCGAGUAUAUUUUGGCCGAACGCAUGGCCGAAAAUCCGCAAAAGGUGAUGACCUUUUUAGAAGAUAUUAAGACUCCCGCCUUACCGGCUGCGCAAAGAGAUGUUGAUGAACUCAAGGCUUUUGCCGAGAAAAGAGAUGGCCUGAAAGAUCUUCAGCGGUGGGACGCCUCGUAUUACAGCGAAAAAUUGAAGCAGGAGCGCCAGGAUAUCCAAAAAUAUCAUCCCGAUGUUAUCACCUACGAGGUGAAAGACAAAGACGGCUCGCACCUGGCGGUGUUUUAUGCCGAUUUCUUCCCCCGCAAGGGCAAACGCAACGGGGCGUGGAUGACCGUUUACCGCCAGCAGCAAAAACGGCAGGGCGAAAAUCUUCGUCCGCACAUCAGCAUUGUCUGCAAUUUCACCAAACCCUCUAAAAGCGCCCCCUCGCUGCUUACCUUUAACGAGGUGCUAACUUUGUUUCAUGAGUUUGGGCAUGCCUUACACGGCAUUAUGGCCAACGGCACUUAUAGCAGCUUGUCGGGUACCAACGUGUACUGGGAUUUUGUAGAGCUACCCUCUCAAAUCAUGGAAAACUGGUGCUACGAAAAAGAAUGCCUCGACCUGUUUGCGCGUCAUUACAAAACCAAUGAGGCCAUUCCGGCUGAGCUGGUGCAGCGAUUGCGCAAGAGUGCAACCUUUAUGGAGGGCAACGCUACCUUGCGGCAACUGAGCCUGGGAACCCUCGAUAUGAGUUACCACAACGGGGCUAUGGUAGAUGAUGUUGAGGCGCAUGAAACGGAGGUAUUUAAAGAUUUCAAUCUGUUGCCGGCCGUGGCCGAUACCAAUAUGAGUUGCCAGUUCGGGCAUAUUUUUCAGGGCGGGUAUUCGGCCGGAUAUUACAGUUAUAAAUGGGCCGAGGUGUUGGAUGCCGAUGCAUUUGAAUUUUUUAAAGAAAAGGGCUUGUUUAAUCAGGAAGUAGCCAGCCGCUUUCGCAAGCUGUUGGAAGCUGGCGGCACGCGCUAUGAUAAGGUGCUGGAAAUAGGCCCCGGCAUGGGAGUGCUUACCCGGUUUUUACAGAAUGACAACUAUGAACUUACCGUGGCUGAAAUUGACCGGGAAUCGGUGGUGUAUUUGGAAACACACUUUCCCGGCUUGCGCAUAGUUCCGGGCGAUUUUCUGAAACUGGAGCCGUUUGAAAUAAUGAAGGGUUCCUUCGCCCUCGUGGGCAAUUACCCCUACAAUAUCAGCAGUCAGAUUGUAUUUAAGAUGCUGGAAAAUAAGGAGCAUAUACCAGAAAUGGUGGGCAUGUUUCAAAAGGAGGUAGCCGAGCGCCUGGUGGCCGGUCCGGGUUCUAAAACUUACGGCAUACUCUCGGUACUAUGCGAUGCCUUUUAUGAGCGCGAGUAUUUGUUUACCGUUGAGGCCCAUGAGUUUAGCCCUCCACCCAAGGAUUUUGACAAAGACUUCAUAGAUCAGUUUGAGAAAGACCUGUGCGAGAAUAACCUGGAGCCGCACAAGGAGUUUAUCGAAGAUUCUCACCCGGCCGACCUCGCUGAGGUGAUUAGCCAAAUUGAUUUUGAAGCUGCGCAAAACCUGAUGGAAUUACUGCCCGCUGAGGUAGAGGCCGAGGUGCUCAUGGAACUCAAUAAUGAGGACCUUCGCGCCCGCUUAAUAGAAGAUUAUACGGGCGAAGAAAUUGCCCGCGACCUGGUAGAAAACCUUGAUUCUGACGAUGCGGCCGAUCUGAUUAACGAGCUGGCUGACGAUGUUAAAAAACAGGUGCUCAGUAGCCUUGAAGAUCAGCAGCAAGCCCAGGAUUUGGCCAACCUGUUGGUGUAUCCCGAAAAUACGGCUGGAGCGCUGAUGGGCACCGAGCUCAUAAAAGUGCAAUCGUCAUGGCGCGUGCUGCAAUGCGUGAAAGAAAUGCGCAAACAAGCCGAAGAUAUUGAGCAGGUACACGCCAUUUACGUGGUAGAUGAAAAUAAUAUGCUCUUGGGCACGCUUAGUUUAAAAAAGCUGCUCACCACCAGCACCAAAACACCCAUUGCUGAGGUCUUUUCGCAGAAGGUUACCAGCAUAGAGGCCACGGCAGAUGCCGAAGACGUGGCCAACCGCAUGCAGAAAUACGACUUGGUGGUAAUGCCGGUGGUAAACGCCCUGGGCCAACUGGUGGGCCGCAUUACCAUUGAUGAUGUGGUUGAUUUUAUUCGCGAUGAAGCGGCCGAAGAUUACAACCUGGCUUCAGGACUUACCGAUGGAAUUGAAGCGGCAGACAGUGUUUUUACCAUCACCCGUGCUCGCCUCCCGUGGUUGCUUAUCGGAUUGUUUGGAGGCCUGCUGGCUGCUUCAGUUAUUGGCCGCUACGAAGGCGACUUGGCCGUGCUGCCGCAAAUGGCAUUUUUCAUUCCGCUAAUAGCGGCCAUGGGCGGCAACGUAGGCGUGCAAUCAUCGGCCAUUAUCGUGCAGGGCCUCGCAACGCAUACCCUUAUGGGCAGUACCUUUACCCGCUUGUUAAAAGAGUUGGGCGUGGCCCUGAUUAACGGGGUAAUUUUGGCGGCCCUGAUCAUUGGGGCGGGUUUGUUUUUGGGUUAUUCAAUGGCCCUCUCCUUAACCGUAGCCGUGGCCUUAUUGUCGGUAAUUAUUGCCGCAGCCCUCAUUGGCACCUUCGUGCCGCUGGUGCUCAACAACUACAACAUUGAUCCGGCCCUGGCCACCG